UGAUAGAAUUUUUUUCUUUUCAAACGUAACAAAACGUUUGUUGAACUUUUAUCGCGCAAGGCACAUCCUGGUACAGCCAAGAAUGAGCUGGCAGAAUUUUUAACUUUUCUAUUCGUUUCCUCUGAAGUUAUUUGCCCGGACACUGUAUCUUUUUCACUUAUCUGUAACCAGAAAUUUCGUGAGAGCAUUUUUUCCCAUCACAUGUGGAAAUAUUACAGCUAAUUUUUGAUGACCAGCAAGUUCUGACGAGGAAGACCAGCACUUAAGAAAAACUAUCCUCUCGACUAUAAAUUAAAUUUCCAAAGAUACAAGAAAAAAACCAACACGUAAAGAAUAAUUGGAAUUUGAAAAACGUAAUAAAAGUGGAGACGAGAAGCAGGAGGAGUAGAGCUCUAUGUGCGCCAAAUCCUUAUCAUCUGAAGUAUUAUUAUCUGAAUCGGAAACCGUUAGAAUUUCAACAGCCAAUCUUUAUAAUCGAAUAAAAGAGUUGCUAACUUUAGUUGCCGAUAAAUCGAGAUAUGCACAACGAGAUCACAGCGGCAGUGCUAUUCUUAGUACAGCUGAUAGAAAAAAACGAAAAAUUUAGUCCCGAUCAAUUGAAAUGUUUUGAAAGAAGACUCGUCGAACUUUUAAUGGAAAGAUUCAAGAAUCACUGGUUCCCAGACAAACCUUUCAAAGGACAGGGAUAUCGUUGCAUCCGAGUGAAUACCCACAGCCGCAGAGAUAAAACACUUGAAAGUGCAGCAAGAGCAGCAGGCGUCAAAUACGAAGACCUCUCUUUACCUGUUGAACUCACGCUUUGGGUUGACCCAAACGAGGUAUGCUGCCGAUUUGGCGAGAGCAAGGGAUCAUAUUGCACUCUUGCAUCUUUUGAUGAUAAGGAGAAUUCCAUCCCCAUAUUAAAAUUUGGACGGGAAAAUGGCAAUACAAAUAAGGAAGCUGGGAUGGCCGAAGAUUCUACAAAAGCCCAGAAAUCCCUAAUGGCUCCCAGCAUCACAGGUGAUCAUCAUACCAACAACAGUUUCAGUAAUGUCAAUUCCAAGUCGAAGCCUCUGAGUAAUACCAACCAAAAUCAGCAACAUUCAGCAUCAUCCUUGUCCUUGGCAUCAUCAUCAACAGGUAGAAAACGUAAUUUGCAUAGCCCCGCAAGGGUUUCUCACUCUAAUAAAAAUCGUUCAUGGUUCAACCACUCUUUUGGAAUGGGUUAUGGUCCCCAUCCAAUGAGCCAGCCAUGGUACAACGUAAUGCCUCCUCCAUUCAUUGGUGGUCCUUCUCCACCUCCGUUCAUGGGUCCUAGAGGUAACAAAUGGUCACACCCCCCGCACUCCUCAUAUCCAGCCCCAGGUCCUUCCAGAUUCCACCACUGGUCCCCAAAAGCUGCUCUCAAAGUAUAACACCAAUGUGUUAAUGAUUUCAAUUUCAGCGUAUAGGUUACAUUAUAUUGUGACAUGUAAGACAUUUGCCUGGUUCCUCGCUAGCCUUGCAACUACUGUUCAAGUUUAUUUUUUCUUUGCCAAUCCACAACAAAAUAAGAUCAGUUGGCAGUCUUUGAUAGAACUUGCAGCCUUUUUACGUUCUUCUUAUAUUUCUAAAUUCCGGUUAUACUGCAGGGCUAACGAACGUUCAGCAAUGUCUUCGGUUCAUACAUAUACAUAUAUCCUUACGAAAUGACCAAACGCGAUUAAUAAUACCGUGUAUAAUAAUAUUAUAAUGAACGAAACCCAUGAUCGAAAUUCGAUUGUAUAGAUAGUGUUUCAAAAAGUUUUUUUGCUUUCUCAUAACUGUCUAUUAUUAUAAAUUGUUCUCCUUUAUUGUCGUUAAAUAUUUUUGAAACAUUUUCUAGACAGGCUAACGAUUUUUAAACUAUAAUUAAUCGAUGCUAAUAAACCUUAUACUUGCAUUAUGUCAUAUCUCCUAUAUAUUGAUUCAUUAAUUAAUUAUAAAAUGAAUGAUAUAUUUGAAUAGUUGAAUUAUUAAUUAUAUUAGAUGUGUUGUUUAUUAUCUGAAUAUUAUCAUUAUUAGUUGGAAGAAUCGUUCGAUUGCAAUGUAUUGUACUUUUUUUUUUCUUUCUUUAACUUUAUUCGAGAUCGCAUUGGGAAUGGCGAGAGUUAUUCAAAUGUUCACGAUAAUGAAAAAUAAAUAUAAAUAAAUAGUCCAUAUUAACGAUGCGGAGUAGUGUCAAUCAUGAACAAAUACAUAUGUAUAUAAUAUCUAAUAUUUAUAUUCUUCUAUUCUAACGUACUGUACCAUAUAAUUGUGAAUAUCAUUUGAGUCACACAUAAUGAUACUAAUUUUAUUUAUAUAAAUCGCUAAUAGCAUAACUCACACUACUACUAUAUAUUAUCUUGGAUCAAUUGAGUAUUAUUCGAUUAUUUUUAAUUUCUUUUUUCCUUAGAUUCUGUACUUUUUUCCUCUCCUUUUCUCUUUAUCUACUAAAAACCGUAUCUGCAUUUUAAUUUCAUGGUGCAAUUAUUAAUUUAUCGUCAUAGUAGAUAGGUUCGGUCAUUAUUAAUGCUUUUAUAAAAUGAUGAUGAUGUUGAUGAUAGAAUAAAUGACGAUAAUAGUCAUAACAAUACUAAUAAUAAUAUCAGUAGUAAUAGUAAUGAUAAAUUUCAUAGCAAUAUGAAUUUAUCUAUAAUAGGAACGUACCGAUAUUAAUUAUAGCAAGCGGAAGCAAUCUCAAAUGCAUUUUUUCCCCUUUGCUUGUCUAACAUAGGCUUAUCAUUACAGAUGAAACUAUCAGGUAUAAUAUUUUAUAAUAUAUAUUUAUGUAUCUGUUGACAACGAUUGCGACUAAAUAGUAAUAUAUAUAAAUAUAUCUAAGAAAGAAAACAAAACAAAACUGACGAUAAACGAAACACCUUGGAGUAUAAAACGAGCUGUAAGAUUUGAUAAGAAGAAAGAAUAUGAAAAAUGAAAAAAAAAUUUGUAAAAUUCUCUAAAUAAUCAUUCAAUUCACAAUUCAUUAUUAUCAUGGCUGCAAUUUUGUACAUAUUUACACGUACCAUUACAUUAUAUACUAGCCAAUUAAAACACAAACGUAUUCAUAUUUUUCUCAAUUCUUUUUUGUACAAAGUGAAUACCUAGGUCGACAAAAAAAGAUGAAUAAAUUGUGAUAACAAUAAUAAUUAUUUAAUUUAAUUUCUAUUCGACAAUUGUGAUGAAUUGACACAAGUAAAAGCGAAAGAAGGAAAGAAAUAAAACUACAUUGCAGUCCUACGAAAUACAACAGUGAACGUUAUAUUUUUGACUAGCGAUAAUAUCAUAGAAAAUACCUAUAUAUGUUAUCAAUACCGAUGAUAAUAAUAAAAAUAAGAUAUUAGUCCCAAUAUGGGUUUCUAUGCAGCACAGAAUUUCAUACCAUACAUAACACUAAAAAAAAAAUUGAUAAGUUUCAUUUUUUGUACAAAUUUUUCAACGCUUAAUAUUCAUAAAUAUACAUAGAUACGUGUAGCAAGAAGAAAAUAUAGUUAAAGGGAAAAUCUAAUAUGAAAUAAGAGAAAAAUGAGUGAUGGAAAAAAUUAUAAUAAUGAUAAUAACAAUGAUAAUAAUGAUUAAUCGUUUAUGGAGCUCAAUAAAUAUGACAUGGUAUUUGAGGUAAUAAAAUAUAACAAUUAUGAAUGAUUAUGAUUUCUAAAAAUGUUAUUUAUAUCUAUAUUAUGUUAUGCAUUAUACGUUAUAUUUUAUAUUAAAUUAAAUUAUAUAUAUAACAUAUAUAUAUAUACAUAAAUAUAUUGAAAAAAAUAAAAUACGAAUGAACAUAAUUUGUAGCUACGACGAAAAAAUAAAAGUUAAUUAAUAUCUCGAUUAUUAUUACUAUUGAUGUUAUCGUUACAUACGGAUCCAUGCAUAAUACAAUUAUUGUAUUAAUAAUAAUGUAUACACUAUUCAAGAAAAUAUACAUUGAUAUGUUAAAACUAUAA